UGAGUAACGACCGGCACACGAAACGGAGACCGAGACGGACACGGACACGGACGGCCACUCGGCGGAUUUGUAAACAGUUCGCAGCUUCUUAGCGCUUUUUCGGGUCUCGCCUUAUUUUGGCCCGACCGACGUCCGACGGCACUAACGGUUCGGUCACCGCCACGCACAGACGGUCGAGAGUGGAAGGCGAAUUUUCCCGGGAAACGCGUCCGCUGCCUGGAGUCGCUGCUCGAAUGAGCGCUGAAUAAGAUUGAUCCAACAUAUAGUAAAAAACUGCAUCGCAAGUGAAAAUGCCCACGGUUCGCGUGUGCCUGCAAUGGACCUCGGUGGUCUUCAGUACGCUGACGUUGAUCGUUGGCGUCCUUGCGGCCCUGGCCGGCGUCUAUGAGCUGGACAAGUUCAACGAGGGCUCCGCGGAGCACACGGAGAAGUUUGUCCAACUGGGAAUGGCAGGUGCUCUGAUCUUGGCCGGACUGGUCGGUUGCCUGGGAGCCAUCUUCGGUUCCAUCAAGGUGAUGGUGGUGAACUUGAUUCUGCUUCUGGCUCUGAUAGCCUCGCACAUCUGGAAGGUGUCCCACUACAGUGAGACCAAGCAGCUGGACGCCACUGAGGUGUACGUGAUGGAUCUCUGGAUGAAGGAGCUGGUCCACCACGGCGCCAUGCAAGACUUGCAGCAGGAGUACGAGUGCUGUGGCGACAAGGGAUUCUCCGACUACACGAGCCUCAACAUGAAGGUGCCCCGCAGCUGUUUCCACACCAAGGACGGCAUUCACGCCUUGUAUCCGUAUGCGGAGGGCUGCAUGGCCGCCGUGAAGCGGGCCUAUCUGCAGAUCUACCGAUACGAGAAGUGGGUCCACUGCGGACUUAUUGGCUACGAGGUCGUAGGCAUCAUCUUGGGAAUCACCUUGUGCUGCCAGCUGACCAACAAGACUCGUCGCUACACCUACUAACCACGAAUGACAUUUAUAGAUAAGCAUUUGCCACUUGGAUAACCAAUAAACCAAAGUUUUCAUAAGA